UCAAUUCAUCAACGAAAGCUGAUACAUUGAAAUCGGAGUAAUAGACGCAUUGAAGUUUUAACUAGAAGAAUAAGUUAUUCUAUUUGAACAAUAAUCCGUGAGCUUUCCAAGCUUAGUUUGAACAAAUGAUGUAGUGGAGAAGGUGGUAACCUGAUGGCUGAUGUGUUAUAAUUUGGAGCAUUAUUCAUUAGUUGGAUGUUCGAAAAAGAUAACUCGUUUUUACUGACAGUGUAGCACAUGAUUAAAAUGAAUAUGAAUUUCAGUUUUGCCAAUAGUUAAAAGUGGACAGACAGAAAUCAAGUGCUUUUAGAAGGUGACGUUGAAAUAAAAGAAAAUUUAACGGAGAACUGAAGAUGGGCAAGAAACAAAGUAAAAUGGAUCCCCAUCAACUUAUUCACCUUUUGAAUCGAACGAAGUUUGAAGAAAAAGAGUUGAAAAAAUGGUAUCAAAAAUUCAUCCGGGAAUAUCCAGAUGGAUUCAUUUCAAAGUCACAAUUUGAAAGCAUGUAUCAAAGUUUUUUCUCGAAAGGUGAUGCUAGAGAAUUUGCAGAUCAUAUAUUUCGAACGUUUGACGGAAAUUCAGAUGGCAAAAUUGACUUCAGGGAAUUUAUGGUCUCGCUCUCUGUAACGACUAGAGGCUCGGCAGAGGAGAAGCUUGAGUGGGCUUUCAAAGUUUAUGAUGUUGACGGUAAUGGUUUUAUCACUAAAAAAGAAAUGGAAUUAAUUGUACGCUCUGUCGACAAAGUGUUGAGCCAGAAUCGCAAAGCUUAUAAUUUGUCAGAUAUUAGAACUGACAGAGUCUUCAAAAACUUUGACAAAAAUCAGGAUGGUGUUUUAUCAUUUGGCGAAUUUUCAGAAGCAGCAAAACAGGAUUCAGUACUUUCUCUGAUGCUGAAUGAAGCUAAAACUCGAAAAUUAUACUGAUUUCGAGGAAUAUUAAAAAGUUUUUGGACGAUCAAAUUGGCCAUUUGCUGUCUCAUGUCUUAAGAUUGGCGGACUGUUAUGCAUAUUUAGCCACUACCAAUUCUAGUUUUUGUUUUUCACGAAAUUGAAUUCAAGUACAAAGGCAAGGACCUGUAGCCACAACGAAUAGACGUCUAUGUUAUUUUGAGAUAAUAAGAGGAUGGAAGAAAUUUUAUUUAUAACUUUCUUGAUGAUUAUUUUGCCCAUUUUAACUUACCUGAAAGUAAUUUCUUACCUAGAUUGCGAUCAUAACAUUGUAUCAUAUCAUGACAAAAAAUUAAUAAAUUUUGAUAUCUUUCUGGA